AAGGUCGGCAACAUGGCGGCGGCCUCUUCAGGCGAUGAAGCGCCGGACAAUGAGGACUAUUAUUCGUUGCUGAACGUGCGGCGGGAGGCCACUCAAGAGGAGCUGAAAGCCGCCUACCGCCGGCUGUGUAUGCUGUAUCAUCCCGACAAGCACAGAGACCCCGAACUCAAGAGGCAGGCCGAACUGCUCUUCAACCUCCUUCACCAGGCUUAUGAAGUGCUCAGCGACCCCCAGACCCGAGCCAUCUACGACAUUUAUGGAAAACGAGGCCUUGAAAUGGAAGGAUGGGAGGUGGUGGAGAGGAGAAGGACCCCCGCCGAAAUCCGGGAGGAAUUUGAACGGCUGCAGCGCGAGAGAGAGGAGAGGCGGCUGCAGCAGCGGACGAACCCCAAAGGUACCAUUAGCGUCGGAGUGGACGCGACCGACCUGUUUGACCGCUACGAGGAGGAGUACGAAGACGUGCCAGGCGGCCCUUUCCCGCACCUUGAAAUCAACCGCAUGCACAUAUCCCAGUCCAUCGAGGCCCCGCUCACGACCACGGACACCGCCAUCCUCUCGGGAAACCUGUCUACGCAGAACGGCAACGGUGGUGGGUCCGUCAGCCUGGGCCUCCGGCGGGUGACCUCCGCCAAGGGCUGGGGAGAGCUAGAAUUCGGAGCGGGAGACCUGCAGGGCCCCGUCUUUGGCCUGAAGAUGUUCCGGAACCUCACGCAACGAUGCUUCAUCACCACUAACUGCGCCCUCCAGUUCUCCUCGCGAGGGAUCCGUCCUGGACUUACGACGGUCCUGGCCCGGAAUCUCGACAAGAACACCAUGGGGUACCUGCAGUGGCGCUGGGGCCUCCAGUCAGCCAUGAACAGCAGUCUGGUCCGGGACACCAAAACCAGCCACUUCACCCUGGCCUUCCAGCUGGGCAUCCCUCACUCCUUCGUCAUGGUCAGCUACCAGCACAAGUUCCAGGAUGAAGAUCAGACGCGGGUCAAAGGAUCCCUGAAGGCUGGCUUUUUCGGCACCAUCGUGGAGUACGGAGCGGAGCGGAAGAUCUCCAAACACAGCAUCCUCGGGGCCACGGUCAGCGUGGGGCUGCCCCAGGGCGUCUCUUUGAAGAUCAAGCUAAACAGGGCCAGCCAGACGUAUUUCUUCCCCAUUCACUUGACGGAUCAGCUCCUGCCCAGCGCCGUCUUCUACGCCACGGCUGGACCCCUGGUCUUCUACUUCGCCAUGGACCGGCUGAUCAUCCAGCCUUAUCUGCGGGCGCAGAAGGAGAAAGACUUGGAGAAGCAACGGGAGAGCUGCUCCAGCGACACCUUGCAGAAGAAACACGAAGCUGAAGCUGCCGUGCGGCUGAUGCAGGAGUCCGUCCGGAGGAUCAUUGAGGCCGAGGAAGCCAGGAUGGGCCUGAUUAUCGUCAACGCCUGGUACGGGAAGUUCGUCAACGACCAGAGCAGGCGGGACGAGAAGGCCAGGGUGAUUGACGUGACGGUGCCCUUACAGUGCCUGGUCAAGGAUUCGAAACUCAUCCUCACUGAAGCCUCCAAGGCCGGCCUGCCCGGAUUCUACGACCCUUGCAUUGGCGAAGACAAGAGCUUGAAAGUCCUCUACCAGUUUCGCGGCGUUCUCCACCAAGUGAUGUCGGCGGACAACGAGGCCCUUCGGAUACCAAAGCAGUCCCACCGGAUCGAUAUGGACAGCUAAUGCAGCAGCGGGGAGCUGCCUGGGGGAGGCGCCCCCGG